AUGGAGCCUCCCAACGCCGCCGUGGCGCGAAAACCCUAUCACACCAAGAGGACCCAUACCAAGUCGAGAAAUGGCUGCAAGGUCUGCAAGACGCGUCGGGUCAAGUGUGACGAAGCUCGGCCGGCAUGUCGGAGCUGCGUCAUGCGUAACGCCAUCUGUGUUUACCCUCAACAAUCUCCACCUCCACCUCCCCGAGCUCGAGCUCCUUCGCCUGUCUCAGAGCCCCUCUUUAUACAGUCUCCAGUAAGGGAUGCUGUCGACAUGAAGCUGCUGUGGUUCUACACUAGCAGAGCAUGUAGCACUACGUUCAUUAUUGAGCCUGCGAGAGAGGCGCGCGUUACCAACAUUUUGAAGGUUGAUAUCCCUCGCAUCGCCUUCUCAUCCCCGUUUUUGAUGGAUUGUCUACUCGCGACCUCGGCACUGCAACUUGAGCUUCUGGGUCAAGAUGUUGACAUGUAUCGCGCCGUCCGCUAUCGCUCUCACGCGUUCCACGGCUAUCGUAAAGCCAUAGCAGAAGCCAAACCGGAGACUUUCCCUGCAAUCAUUGCAUGCUCUAUUCUUCUCACGAACCUUGCAUCUCACAUGUUUCGCGAGGAAGGAACUGAGCAACUGUACAUCAUCAACUGGAUGACCCUUUGGAGAGGCAUCAGUCAUGUUAUCGAUCUCGUGAGCCCGAAGAGAAUUUGGGAGUCUGGGCUGGCCGAAUUAUUCUUGAGACCUUGUGUCGACCCAAACCAAUCUGCCUUUUACAUCCCCAGCCACGUGCUCUCCGUGGUGGCCUCGAUUGAGCCUGGGGACGAAGACCAUCCUAGCAUUGGCACCUACUACGCGGCCCUACGCUAUCUUGGAUCCCUUUACUUCAACCUGUCUAAAAACUCCGAGCCAGUGAUGAACUUGCGGAUCCUUACUUGGUUCACCUACUUACCAGAGUCCUAUGUCGAACUCUGCCGGAAAAGGAGGCCGCGUGCCCUCAUCAUUCUCGCCCACUAUCUUGUUUUUAUCAAGUUGAUGGACACAAUCUGGUGGGCAAUAGGCAUCGGAAACCGUGAGAUUCGCGGGAUUAUCUCCUGUCUUGGAGAUAAAUGGUCUUCUAAGCUCUCCAUACCGCGACGGGCUUUGUCAAUAGAGGGACGACUUGAGAUUGCCCGACUGCUUCUUGAUGACCAGAAUUGGGAAUUCCCCGUCGUGGUUGAUGAAGACCUUAGCUCUGGAAGACCCAUAUCGGGCGGUGUCUCCCCCGGGUUCACGCCGCCAACGACGGUCUCUCCGCCGCAGGCUGAUACAAGGGGGUUUCAACAGGAUAAGAUCACGCUCGCUGCCAUGUCGACAAAUUCAUGGAUUUUGAACACAGCGUCAAGUAAUUAA